GUUUUGUACUGAUCUCUCUGAUGAGUCCUAGAAGGCAAAUACCGGUGCAUCUGAUAUAGAUGAAAGCAAAGAAAAGCAAUCAAAUUUCAACCAUGUCUACAUCCUUAAGAGUGAGCCCAUCAGUCCAUGGCUAUCGGUUUGACACAGCCUUGCGAAAGAAAGCCGUGGCCAAUAUCUAUGAAAGCACAGAUCAGGAAUCUCUUCAGAAGCUCUUCAAAAACUCUGGAGACAAGAAAGCAGAGGAAAGAGCCAGGAUCAUACUUGACACUGAUCAGGACUUGGAGGAGAAAACACGAGCAUUAAUGGCACUAAAGCAGAGAACAAAAGACAAACUUUUCCAGUUUCUGAAACUUCAGAAAUAUUCCAUUAAAGUUCAUUGAACUAUCCAAGGAAAAGGGGAUGGAAGAAAAGCUAUAUUUAAAGAACAAGACUGAGUUUGUGAAAUCUUAACAAAUGUGAUAUUCUCCACAACCAUGGAAGCUUCUGGCAGGACAAGUGAACCUGAAAAACUGGUCAUAAGCAUUCAGUCCAAUUCUACACACUGCAAAAAGCUUCCCGGAGUGAUUAAAAACUCUCCAAAUGCGAAAGAACUGGUGUCAGCAACAAGAGAACCAGAAAAGCCUACGCAUGAGUGAAAGAAACCAGCAUGUUUGGCAAGAAACAUACCCAGCGCGCUUCCAGGCACAGAACUAUGGGACAAUGACACAAGCACACAAUCAGACUCAAUUUUCUCAGUAAAUCUGAGGUGAAAGCAGAAUAGAACUUUUUCUUCUACUUGUUUACUGAUUUCAUCUUUUUUCUAAAACUCGUUUUUACUGAAUGUUUAAACGAUUUCUAAGCCUCACUGUUGUCUACUGGGAUGGAGGGUUGGAGUGAUUGAUCAGCUAUUGAUCAUUUAUUUUGCAUUUGUUAAAAUGCAUUAAAAAUAUACCACCUGGGUGUAACAAGUUCAACCUUCAGGGAGUGCAUUUUCUUUAGAAACACUAUGCAAUUGUAUCUCUUUUCUCAUUGUUAUGUGGUAUAUUCGUAUCAUGAAUUAUUUGCACAAAAGCAAAAAUAAUGAAGUUCCUUCCCUGAACUGAAUUUACUGUGAAAGUCUUUUUUAAAGAUAUUUUGUUCAUUUCUCAUUGAUAUUAUUAUGCCAUAAUUACAGAUCUUACUUGUAGAUAGUGUGUUAGAUAUUAGAAAUACUCCGUGGUAAUGUUUUAUGACAAUGCUAUAAUUUUAUCAACUAUAAUUUAUUGCAUAUGGAGAGCUACAAACUUAAUAAAUUAUA